GCCUGCCGCCACAGCAUCGAGCAGAGAGAGAAUAUAUUCAAAGCAUAUUCACAGAUAAGGCUUUCUGUUUUAAUCUGUCCCCGUUGUGUGCCCUCACCCACUGAAGUGUCUAUGAAGAAGAGAAGGCGGAAGCGAUGCUGAAGUAGCGCGGGAUGCUGUGGAGGCAAAACAUCGUGGGAGGAAGGCUCAGAGCGAACCAGCGGGUGGUGAAACACGAAUGGCUUCUCCGGAGCUGCUUCCUGCAGAUGAGAGAGGCAAACAGCCCGAUCCUGCCGACGUCCUUGACCGGAUUUCCAGCGCGCUGCAUGCCCGCAAGUCGGGCGGAUCAACAGGAGGAGCGCUCCCAGGGGAGAGCGGCUGUAACCCGGCCCGCAGUUGCCAUGGCCGGUGUCAUUCAGCAGCACCAAGGACGGCGCCGCGCAAGGGAGGCGCGGAGGUUAAACUCGGUCACCUCGGCGAGGAGAAAGUCCGGGUUUGUUGCGACGAGGAAUUAGAGACAUCUUUCACCUAUAUUGAUGAGAAUGUUAACCUGCGACUGGCUAGUCCGGAGACUAGUUGUAAAAGUACUCACAGACCCGUGCGCAACGGCGAGCCUUGUUCUGAGACUUUCCCGGAGCUUUCCUUCAUGUCCGAGGAUGAUCUCUCCUUCGGGGAGGGCCCCGGGACUUCUAUAGACUACGGGUUUAUCAGUGCAGUCACGUUCUUAGUGACCGGGAUCUCCUUGGUGAUCAUCUCCUACGCCGUGCCUCGGGAUGUGGUGGUGGACCGUGACAGCGUGUCGGCGAGGGAGAUGGAGAGGCUGGAGAUGGAGAGCGCCCGGAUAGGUGCCCACCUGGAUCGGUGCGUCAUAGCGGGACUGUGCCUGCUCACGCUGGGCGGCGUGGUGCUCUCCACGCUGCUCAUGAUCUCCAUGUGGAAGGGGGAGAUGUACAGGCGAAAGGUCAUCGCUUAUUCCAAGCGAUCAGCCAAACUGUAUGGCUCCAUCAGCCUGAAAACCAGAUCCAGCCCCAGCCACUCUUCUGCGCACUUGUCCCUGGAGGAGGAAAUAGAGGAAACUUUGGCUUAAAUUGCUGCUCUGUGUGCAAACCUUUUGUGUAUAACUGAGGAAUUAAUGCCAUUCACACACACAUUCUCUAACAUAUUGUAGCCUAAAACUGUAUUCAUACAUUCAAAGUGUAAGUCUGCAACAUUUUGUCAUAUACUGUAGAAAUAGCUUGAAUACUGUAUAUCCAAACAGAAGGGACAAGAAAAGCACUCAAAUGCAAAGUGAGGAAUUGCCAGAAAAAGAAAAACGUUAUGUGGUAUCAAAUGGCUCCCAAAUGAUAAAGGCACUAAACCAUUAAAGUGAUGAGGGAGAAUGUUAAGAGCUUUGUGUCACAAACACUGGAUCACAUUUUUCUGUACCCAGGAUGCAAUCUCUGAGAGCUUCCAUUUAUUAUUAAGGCUAUUCAUAUUUAAUGCGAAAUUGUGCACGGACGUAUUUCAGGAAGUAAGAGAAGUGUGUGUCCGCAGGGCAGGAGAGUGGGAGUAAAGGGGAGGAUGUAAAGCUGUCCCUGUCCACUUUGAUGUGGGAGAGUCAGCUCAGUGGUCCACAUGGUAAUAUCCAGUGACAGUCACUCUGGUGCAGUGCUGAGGUAAGCCAGUAAGCCCGGCUUCGUGCAUCUGAGCCAAAGCUCCACGUCGGUUUGAUUGUACUGUGCAAUUUGACUGCAUUCGACAGCGCUGACACACACUGUUCACCCUCCUCUGCACUGGCUUGAUCCUCUCUGCUCUUCUUCUCCUCCUCCUUCCUUCACCUUCUCUCUCCUGGAGGAGACUUUCUUUUCCCCAUGCGGUUUUUCCGGUGCUCUCCUCAGCCUAUGAACACUGUAUAUUCACGUUAAAAGGGUCCUGGAUGACCACAGCCAAGUGCCUGUGACAUUUCAUGGUUGAUGAGCCUCUUCCUCACCUGCCUCCUUUCAUUCUCUUUUUCUCUCUACGUAAGGACGGAGUUAAGAACGCUUAAUCACACAUGAAAGAGUUGCCCUACUUCCAAAACCUUAAGCCUUCACUACUUCAAAGAGCUAAUUACAUUUCCAAAGUGAGGUAUCAGUCUUUUUAAAAGGUUAUAUUUGAUGUUAUCAUGGUGAUUUGCUGACUAAAAUAUUGCUGAUUACACAGAAAGCUUAAGGAAAGAGGUUUAUCGUGUGCAGACUUGCUGAAAAUGUUAAUGCCACAGUGUCCAGGCAAGUCAGAAGCCAACUUUCUUUUCUCGGUGGGGGAAGAUUUAAGUUUCUGUCUUUGCUAAGUCCGUGUGAAAGCAACCUCCUCUUUCUCCCUGGAGGUUAUUAAUGCUGUCUGAAGAGGCCUGCAGAAAAGAAUAAAGAAUGAAAUAGUACUGAAAAACAUUUUUCGUGUAGGCUACCCUGUAAGGCUUAUAAAUCAUGCAUGAACCGCUAGAAUUCGUUCAUAUAUUUGCAUAUAUUCAUAUACAAAGCUAAACGCUGCAUUCCGCAAGACAAGUGCUAAUGAUUCUUAUGCAGUGUCACUCUUACCUUGGUUCCCUUUCCUUUCUUUUUUUGAGCUGUGUGACCCUAUUUCAAGGCGUACAUUCAGAACGAUAUGAGUCAGUCUCUGUUAAUGAGAUGCGUAGGCUGAUUACUCUAUGGUAAACAGCUCGAGGCCACACCGUAGCUGUGCUUUCAUUCAGUUGCAUUACCUCUACUGUCACAGCAUAUCUAUGUAUUCGCAUGUGCCAGUCAGUGCAGAUGAAGCAGUGUGUUUCAAAUGAAAAGACCGGAUCACUGGAGUCUAAUGAGUUAUUCAGCCAGCAUUGUCAUUCAGAAAUCAUCAGUGGCAGCAAUGAACUAAUACAAGUCUGUGUCACUGCAGCUUUUCAUCUUCUGAGUCUGUGACCACAGAGCUGACAAGUGUGUGUGCAUCCCUGAAAAGCAACCGUUACGUCCUGAAAUGGCAAUGAAAUGCCAAAUGAAGAGAUUUCCAGGAAAGGUAAUAAAAAUUAAUGAUCCAUAUGAGGCAGUGUUGUCUGUUCUCUUCACAGAAGCUAUAAAUCCACAACCAUUAUUACAGAUGUUAAAGCGAUACUUCAUUUAGCGAGCUUUCCUGGUGUUGUUGGCCGUGGAAACGCGGUGCGACGCCCAAGUGCUGGACAUUUCUCACUGCUUCCUUUUUCCUUUCCCUCUCACCAAUAAAUUCAUGUAAAAUUAAACUUGUUCACCGCUCAAAGGGCAGCCAACAACAAUGCUGCCAAUGCCAAAUAUUCCAUAGGAUAAUACUGAGGAAUUAAUUCAAACUCCAGCAAUAUAAUGGCAACAUUACAGAUGCAGUGCAUCAGUGCUUUUCAUUCAGCGUCAGAGUCAUAUUCAGAGGAGGCAUCAUCUGUGAGAAUGCCACUCUUGUGACACACAGAGGAUCAUAAAUGCCCGAGGGAAGCCUUUAACAUUGAAGACUUCAAACAGACUCAUCUGCAGCAUGUAAUGCACUACACUAGAUUUUCAAACAUACACUUUCUUCCCCCCUCUCUCUGUCUUUCUGUCCUCCUCCGUGGUUGGCACCGUGCCUCACAACCAACACCAGGCUUCCCCUCAUACAGCCAACUAAACGUGUUUGGGGGAUUUAAUCAGGGAUUUGCUUGAAGCGACAGCAUUUUACAUGCCAAGCUCAAGUGUAUUUCCAGAGGUCUCAUGCAUAAGCUCUUUAUCCUUGAGCAGUGCACAGCUAACUCACCCUUAUUGAUAUUUGGUUGGUUCCUCUGUAAGUCGAUCCCUUCAGGUAAGGCCGGAGAGCAGCUUAACUGCUGCCAUCAGCUAAUUUCCCAGAAGUGUUAUUACACUCCUGCAUCUUGUCGAUGCUAAUACUCAAAGUGUGCACGAGCGUGUGAGUAUUUAUAUGACUUUGCUUAGGUGUUGUGUGUCACCUCAGAUUAAAGAGCUGCUGACCCUAAAAAAUUCAUAUCAAAGAGUUUCUAUGGAGACAUUUAGUCUCCAAAGAUGGUUUAAAUAGGCUUUUCCACACUGGGAAGAAUAAAAGUCUCUGGAGAAUGCAGACAGCCAGAGUAAGAGGAAGCUACUUAACAAUGACUUACUAUAUAUGAAGCAGGAGUGAAAGGAAUAGUUUUGGGGAAUGUGCUUAUUAGAUCUUAGAUGAGAUGAUCCUUACCGCUCUCAUGUGUGUUCAAUAUGAAGCUACAGACAUCAGCUUAGCGUUGCUUAGCAUAAACAAUGGAAAGGGAGAAACAGCGAGGCAGGCUCUGUUGGAAGUUAACAAAAUGGCCUGCUAACACCUUUAAAGCUCACUGAUGAAGUUGCGAAGUGGAGAAGCUAUCUUGGUACCCCUUGUUUCAAAAGUAAAAGUCAUUUUCCCAUAGAGAGGGUUACAUGACCUCUGUGGCUUAGAUAGGCAUGAAACUCUGCCAGUUAAUCGUCAGCGUAAAAAAACUAGAAUAAUACAAUACAGUAAUCCAUGACUUAAAACAAGUAAUAUAAUAAUAAUGUUUUGUGUAGCACUUAUCUUAACAAAGUUACAAAGUGCUUCAAACAGGCUAGUGCAUGAUAAUAAGAAAACAAUAACAUACAAUAUUUUAAAAAACAAUAAGAGCUAAGAAUGUAGUGUGUACAUAGACAAAACAGAACAAAAGGAAAUAAAACACAAAAAUAACAAAUCAUAGAAGUACAAAUCAGGCAUUAAAGGGAAAGCUUUCCUUUAAAAUUAUGUUUUAAGCAAUGGUUUAAAAACAAGUAAUGUUCUAGCUAUUUUAAUUCCCUCAGGCAGAGAAUUCCAGAGCCUUGGGUUCUUGAUGUGAAAAGCCCAGUCACCUGUAGUUACCAGCCUUGACCUAGGGACGAUGAGUGAGAGUAGGCUUGAGGAUCUCAGGUCACGAUUUGGAGCAUUGGUAAUCAGAAGCUCAGCUAUAUACUGUAACUAGGGGCUAAACCAUGUUGAGCUUUAAAAGUUAUUAAAAUUAUAUUAAAUCAAUUCAGAAGUUACCUGGCAACCAAUGGAGGGAGGUGAGAACUGGGGACCUACACCUAAUUGUGUGACCUACGAUUUGUCCCAGUUAAAAUACGAGCUGCAGCAUUCUGCACUAGUUGAAGCCGAGCUACUGAAGCUUUACUGAGGCAUGGGAACAGUGCAUUACAGUGGUCAAGGCGCGAGAAUACAAAUGCAUGAAUAAGUCUUUCUAGCUCAGGAAAAGACAGAGCUGAUUUAUUUCGGAGGUGGAAGUAUCAAGAAUUGUGGUUGAAAAUGUGGUGGUUUAGAAUGAAAUUGAGAAUCAAAAGUGCUGCCUAAAUUUCUCAUUGUAGAUUUUAUAUUAAUUGGUUGUGAGGGUAUCACAAUGACAAAAUCUGUCCACUGAGAGACAGACAGACAUAUAAACACCUGGCAGCGUUUAAAUUCAAAUGCUGUAGCUUCAUAUUUAGUUUACAGACAUGAGAGCGGCAUCGAUCUUCUCAUCUAACUGUUAAUAAGAGGAGAGUGAAUGAUCACAUCAAGCAAAAUGUCAAACCAUUCCUUUAACAGUGUGCAGUGUACAUGCAACAGUGUGGCGUGUGCACUCAGGCUUUAGGCUAAAAGUAGAAAGAACUGCCUCUUGUUGGUCAUACAUUUUAGAUAUAUUCAUAUCUGUGGUGAGUUUGCCCUCCAUCUAUCAGUGGAUAGUGAAGCCAAAAAAAAAAAAAAAAAUGAUUUCCACUUCGAUUGAUUGCUUUGGAGGGGAAGGCUAAAGCCAAACUCCUCAGGGAUAUGACUUCAUUCUUGGUUGCUCCCUCCCCUGCCUUGCUCAGACAGGAUAUUUUUAGUCAAUGCGCAUAUUGGAUUUUUGGAGAGCUCAUUGUAUUGUAA